AUGGCCAAGGACAAAAAGAAGAACUCCGACGCCAAGAAAGCUAAAAAGGCCGAAAAGGCUGCCAAACAGGCCAGCAAAGGCGCGAAAAAGGCCAAGACCAAAGCUGCCAGGAUCGACGGCAGCGACGCCGAGGAUGUCGACCUCGACGCUGUUCUCGAAGCGUACCGCCGCCAACAGGAGCAGUUCCUCAAAAUCACCGAAACCGUGUGUCACGGCCCGCCUCGACCGAGGGCUGCUUCCACGUUGAUGGCCUCGCCCACGGAUGCAAACAGCCUGCUCUUGUUUGGGGGGGAAUACUUCGACGGGUCUCUGGCACAGUUCUACAAUGACCUGCACAUCUACAACAUCCAGCGCGAUGAGUGGCGCUGCGUCACCUCGCCAAACGCCCCGUUGCCUCGCUCCGGACAUGCGUGGACUCGUGCCUCGAACCCCAACCACGUCUACCUGUUUGGCGGCGAGUUCUCCUCGCCGAAACAGGGCACUUUCCACCACUAUUCCGACUUUUGGAGGCUGGAGCCCGCCACCAGGGAGUGGACCAAGAUUGAUGUCAAGGGCAAGGAUAAGAGCCCGUCCGCGCGGAGCGGCCAUCGCAUGACCUACUGGAAGCAGUACAUCGUCUUGUUCGGCGGCUUUCAAGACACCUCCAACCAGACCAAGUAUUUGGCAGACUUGUGGAUCUUCGACACCGUAAACUUUGUCUGGCACUGCCCGACGUUGCCGCAGGCGCAGCUCAAGCCCGACGCCCGAUCCUCCUUUACUUUGCUCCCGUGCGAGUCGGGCGCCGUGCUCUACGGCGGUUACUCGCGUGUAAAGGCAACCGUCAACCUGAAGAAGAGAGCGGGGAAGUCUCAAAGCCAGGCACAAAAGAAUGUCCUGGUUGCCAAGAUCCACGACGACUGCUUCUUCCUGAGAAUGGCGCUACCCCCGGCCGACGCCAACCCCAGCACGCCCCCGACUGUGCGGUGGGAGCGAAGGAAAAAGCCGGCCAACCCUCCCAACCCGGCUCGAGCCGGAGCCACCAUGACCUUCCACAAGGGACGGGGCAUCCUGUUCGGGGGCGUGCACGACGUUGAAGCGGGCGAGGAGGGUAUGGACAGCGAGUUUUUCAACCAGCUUUUCGCAUGGAACAUUGAACGCAACAGGUUCAUGCCCCUGGGUCUUCGCAAGCCCCGUCAGCAAAGGAAAGCCGCUCCCGAACCGCCACGCACAGGCCGUCGUGGCCGCGCCCAGGCCAAUGAAGAGGAGCUGCUGAGGCAACUGGCCGCCCUCGAAACGGGUGCUUCCCUCGACGACGUUGCCGGGAUGGAGAUUGAAAGACCAGGGGAACCAGAGGAAGAGGAGAUGCCAGCCAAAGAAAUGCCAGUGACCAUGGAGCCACCCCAUGUUCGUUUCAAUGCGCAGAUGGCUGUGCAGGAUGACGUUCUUUACAUAUACGGCGGAACGUUUGAGAAGGCUGAUCGUGAAUUCACGUUUGACGACUUGUACGCCAUUGAUUUGAGCAAAUUGGAUGGAUGCAAGGAGAUUUUCAGCCGCCCGGUACAAGACUGGAUCGAAUCCGAAGAUGAGGAUGAAGAGGAUGACGACGAGGAUGAUGAAGAAGGCGAAGAAGAAGAAGAAGAAGAAGAAGACGAAGACGAAAGAGGAGACCAAGAGGACGAUGACGACGAAUCUGAACAGCUGCAUACUCCCAGCAAGCGCAAAAACCAGGAUGCCGUUUCGGAUACCGCCUCCGAAGAAACAACGUCUACUCUGUCCGGAGAAGACGACGCGGAAACGGCCGCCACGUCUGUGGACGACGGUCUACCGCACCCUAGACCGUUUGAAUCCCGUCGCGAUUUCUUUGUCCGCACAUCAGCCGAGUGGCAGGAAAUCCUCAUGACCAGUCUCCGCUGGAACAAGAUCCAGCCCGAGACACUGGCCAUCAAGGAGAUCAAGGCCAAGGCGUUUGAGCUCAGCGAGGAGAAGUGGUGGGAUUGCCGGGAGGAGAUUACCGCUCUGGAGGAGGAGCAGGAGGCCGCAGGCAUCCAGGAGGUCGUCAGCUUGGCGGAGAGGGGGGAUGCCGGCGCCGGCGGUGCGAGGAGGAGAUGA